AGUUCAACAAGUGUCAUCCAGCUCCAGUCCAACCGCAGCAACCUUAACAAAGAAGGACAGAGCACUUAUUCCUAGAAACAAAAAAAAACAACCAUCCCUGGACUGCAUCCAUAGUCUGUUUUAUCCGCAGAAUAAUAAUAAACUAAUAACUUGUUUAGACUUCAGAGGAAGGAGAACAAGGCUUCACCUUUAAAGAUGCUGUGCGCCUUUUCCGUCUGAAUUUUGUAAAGUAAGAAACAAGAGGAGGCUUUUGCUUACAAACUCUUCACGUUAGCGGCAAGACAUUGGAGACAGUUUGUAUGAUGGCUGGGUGUUGUAUCUCUGCGGAGGACAAGGAGAACCAGAGGAUCAACGAGGAGAUCGAGAAGCAGCUGCGGAGAGACAAGAAGGAUUCCCGCAGGGAGCUGAAGCUGCUGCUGUUAGGUACUGGAGAGAGCGGAAAGAGUACCUUCAUCAAACAGAUGAGGAUCAUCCACGGAGGAGGAUACACAGAUGAGGACAAGAGGAGCUACGCCAAACUGGUCUACCAGAACAUCUACACAUCCAUGCAGGCCAUGGUCCGAGCCAUGGAGGCACUUGAAAUAGCCUUUGAAGAACCCAACAACCAGAGCAAUGCAAGCUCCGUCCUGGAGGUGGAGGUGGAUAAGGUGGAGGAGAUGGAUCAAAGCCUGGCAGCAGCAGUGGGGAGUCUGUGGAACGACAAAGGGAUACAGGAGUGCUAUGAGCGACGCAGAGAGUACCAGCUGUCGGAUUCCACCAAAUACUAUCUUACUGACCUGGAACGAAUUGCACAACCAUCUUACAUACCUGACCUGCAGGACAUCCUCAGAGUCCGAGUGCCGACCACGGGUAUCAUCGAAUACCCGUUUGACAUGGAGAACGUCAUCUUCAGGAUGGUGGAUGUGGGGGGUCAGAGGUCAGAGAGGAGGAAGUGGAUCCACUGCUUCGAGAACGUCACCUCCAUCAUCUUCCUGGUGGCGCUCAGCGAGUACGACCAGGUCCUGGCCGAGUGUGACAACGAGAACCGUAUGGAGGAGAGCAAAGCCCUGUUCAAAACCAUCAUAACUUACCCGUGGUUCCAGCGCUCCUCCGUCAUACUUUUCCUCAACAAGACCGACAUCCUCAAGGAGAAGAUUGUGCACUCUCAUUUAUCCAGUUACUUCCCAGAGUUCACUGGACCUCAGCAGGAUCCCACAGCAGCUCAAGAAUUCAUCCUGAAAAUGUACCAAGAACAAAACCCGGACAAAGACAAGACGCUGUACCCUCACUUCACCUGCGCCACGGACACAGAAAACAUCCGCUUCGUCUUCGUGGCCGUCAAAGACACCAUCCUCAGACACAACCUGAAGGAGUUCAACCUGGUGUGAAGAGGGAGCAACAUAGAACAAUUAGAUUUUUACUCAGUUCUUUAUUCUUGUAGCAGUUAACAGAUUAUUUAGCUCAGUGGUUGAACAUUUUAAUAUUCUGUGCUGUAAAAAAUCUGGUUGAAGACAAAAUGUGCCUGUUACUAAACUGCUGUCUGUGAAUGGUUUGUUAUUAGUUUCCAUUUCAGCCUAUGUAGAUGCAAGAAGAGGAGGCUUUGAAAUAUAGACUGGAGUAUGAAACGUUUUAUUAUUAUUAUUAGCUACUUCGUGGGCUACUCAUUAAAUAACUUUUUAGAAACACACAUUAUCUUGCGUAUCACACGGCUAAUUAUUUGGGAUAACAAACAUUUGAAACUAAUUAUUUCUUCAGCUUCUGUAUCCAGUGUCCAUAGCAACGGUUAUCUACCCAACUCUGUAGCCUUCAUAAAGUGCGCUAAAGUAGCUUUCGUUGCUCACAUUAAACGGAACUUUUCCACUCAUAGUGAAGUGAGACGAGGGGAACAGGUCAUGAAUCAGCUCUACUAGCUGUAUGACUUUUUCUGCAUUGUCAUGCCUGUGUCAUUUGGCAUUUUAUUUUCCCUUUACCAGUCUUCAAACAUAGUUAUAUCUGUGACGGAGGAUUAGGGCCACGUUAAAAAAAAUAAAGAAAUUUACGACUUUAAUCUCGUAAAUUUACGACUUUAAUCUCGUAAAUGUACAACUUUAAUCUCGAAAUUUAAAAACAUAAACCAACAUAUUUUUUUUACGUGGCCUAAUCCUCCUUCGUAUUGUAUCCCAUAGCAAGUUCCAUGGCGUGUUUAUUUGCUACUUUUAGUUUUUUAGAUUUCUCUGUCGGAGCUCAUAGUUUGCAUUGUUGAACCCCUUUCCUGUGUUGUUAUCCUCUCCUUUCUCUUUUCUCACACUGUAAAAAAAAAAAAA